UCGAGCUUCCACUGCAGCGCUGUGAGUGGCGGCGCGGCCUGCACCGGAGGAGAGCUAUGAACUCACUAGAACAAGCCGAAGAUCUAAAGGCCUUUGAGAGGAGAUUGACGGAGUAUGUGUCCUGUCUGCAGCCAGCCACAGGCCGGUGGCGAAUGAUUUUGAUUGUAGUGUCAGUUUGCACAGCAACUGGAGCUUGGAACUGGUUAAUAGACCCAGACACUCAGAAGGUAUCUUUCUUUUCAUCUUUAUGGAACCAUCCAUUUUUCACCAUCAGCUGUGUCACUCUCAUCGGUCUGUUCUUUGCUGGAAUACACAAGCGCGUUGUUGCGCCAUCAAUUAUUGCUGCACGCUGCCGGACAGUGCUCGCAGAAUACAACAUGUCCUGUGAUGAUACAGGGAAACUUAUUCUAAAGCCACGACCCCACAUCCAGUAGCAUCACGCGGACUGUAAGGAAUCUCAUAUUGAUCACCAUGUGGAUCGCAAACAAUACAGCACAAGAAGAGAUUACCGUCAAGAUCAAGAAUGGGGGAAAUGUUCUCUUGAACGCCUGUUUCGCCAUUUCGAAAAGUUUUGAGAAAAUCACUAUUGCUGCCGUUUUAGAAGCUGUACCUAUAAGCAAAUCAUCCCUGGUGGGUAAAACUUUUACUUUCUCAAAGUGUCUUUCUAAUGCCAUUCUCUUAUUUUAGAUGAAGUGCUUUUUUUUUUUUAAGCAAAUUGUUGAACAAAAGAAAUAUUAAACACAGAUCUCUUGUUGUGACAACUUGAGAGAUCCAAAGAGACUGGGUUUGAGCAGUGGGUUUUAACACCAUAAAUAUAAUGUACAACUAAACCAUCUUUACAAAUAUCACAGUUCACUGGCUUUUUUUAUCAUAGAUGUUUCCUUGAAGUUGAUUUUAUUAGUGUAUGCAUUGUUUAAAAUUCUGUAUGUACAACAUUUGCUGCUUUUGUUUCUAUAUUUGUAGGUUUUGAAAGCACUUUUCUGAAAUCAAAUAAUAAAAUGGCUUUUUUUGUGGUGACUGUGGUACAGCACUGGUUCAAACAGCACAUGCUUCCAUUAUUUUGAUAACUAUGGCAGAUAAAUGCAUUUUGAAGUCCCACUACAUUUUAAGUGCAUUUAUUUAAUUUGCACAAAAAGCCUGUUAUACACCCUGAACAUUUAUAGUGUUUGUUGAUGGGGUAUUUGCACUUUACAAAAGCCUGUUUUUUGUAAAAGGGGAAACAUUUUCUAUUUGCUUACUCCACGUUAAAGAACCUAAUCUAAUUUUAAUUUAAAAGCACUGUGAAGUGUAUAGACGUAUGGUACCAGCUACACCCAACACACAGAUGAUAUACUGUAACAUGGAAUGGUAUUGAUAUGCCAGUUUCAGAAAUUACAGUGAUCAAUGUGGGUUAAAAAAAAAACCUUGCAUGAAAGUUCUAGCCUGCACCCUAGAAAAUAUGUAUUCUUAUUAUUCUCUUUAAUUCCCAGUUACACUGCAAAUGUGUCUGCUGAGACAGUUAUUUGAUUAACCAAAAAUACAAAAAAAGCCAAUAAAAAAUGUCACCAUGUGCAAAAUUCAAAUGUACUGAGCUGUAAAUAACACUUGUGUUUUAGUCUGUUGAGGUGUCCUUUCUCAUUUGCAAAAAGCCAGGAUAGCUGUAGAUUUUCCUGCUAAACAAGCAGAGCACACCUGAUUCCAUUUGUUUAUUCAGUUGGUCUCAGUCUUCAAACAACUGAUGAUGUGUUGGAAUAAACAACUCCUGCUUUGUUGGAAUAAAGACCUGCAACUACACCAGUGUUUUGCAGAUAUGACUGGACACCCCUGGUUUAUACAACAAAAACUAGGCCUGCAUGUUAUAUGAUAAAUUAUCUGGAUUGGUUCAUGUGGGUUGUGUAAUCUCAUUUGAAUAAAUUACACAUUUCAGAACUUGAAA